AUGAACCAAACCCAGGCUCUUAUUACGAGUUCCAACAAGACUCCUUUGGUGCAGAUAUUUGUGUGGAUUCCAAUUACUGCCUCAGCUCUAGGAGUAUGUGCGCAUCUAAGUACGAAAUUGGCUAUUUCGGAGAAGUUUGAAUGGCAAGAUCAUUUCGUAAUGAUAUCAAUGGUUUUUUCCAUCGGCCAGACAAUUGCGGUUGCAAUUCAAUGUGCAAAUGGGUUUGGUAAAUUUCUCGAAACAUUGACAGACGAGCAAGUAGAGAUGAUUCUGAAAGCAGACUUUUCAGCAAGUAUACUUUAUAUCACGAGCUUGUUCUUCGCAAAAAUGUCUAUAGUAAUGUUCAUCUAUGACUUCACACCUAUUGCAGCUGAGAGGAUAGCGACAAAAGUUCUUGGGAGUGUGAUAUCAUUAUGGGCUGUUACUUCUAUUUUGGCCGUUGUCUUUCAGUGCCGGUCUUCGAAAGUAUGGGAUAGCAUAUCCGGCGAAUGUUUCAAUCAAACAGCUUUCUGGAAUUAUAGCGCAAUCGUUAACAUUACUACCUGGAGUAGAAAACUCACGUUGAUAUGUAUCUUUGGCACUCGUGUCUGUGUCAUUGCUGCUGUAUGCUGCCAGCUAUUUUAUUUGAACCAAAGGAUGCAAGAUCCAACCUUUGAUCCGUGGCGAACGACAAUUUGCAACCAGAUCGUGCAAUGCCUUAGCAUUAUCACAGCAUGUGUUCCAUACUUGAAAAUGUUUCUCGAUAGUUUAGAGUCGGGAUUGUUACGGUUGGAUGACUUGCGUCGACGAGGUGGCAGGGCGGUAGAAGAUGAUCGUGAUUCUAAUCGCAUCACCUCUGAUUCUCGAGGGAUCAAAAAAUCAAAGAUAGCAAAGAUGAUCAGCCAGAAAUUGGGCUUUGCGCAUCGGAGAAAUUUAGAGAGCCAGAAACUGUCGGAAUUUGCGCCGGCCCCUUUAGCUGCUCAACCAGAUGCCGUUAUGGUAAUCGAUGAAGGAAAUCUAUGGGACGGACACAGCGAAUCUAGUCAAUCUAGAAUCAUAACCAAACCUCGUACGUGGAAAUCAGAUGUAAAUUAA